AUGUUCGUUCGUGAAUGCACCCCUCUCCCUUGUGGGCCAGCCUUCGCUCUUCGGCAGUCGCCCUUCGAUGGUCCUGCUACAGUAGCUUUGGCGACGUCUGGCUUCGUCGGCGGUGUCACCCUCGCCUACUUCGUUCAAGCCCACUUCAACCGUCGCCUCCUCGCCGCUCCUGUGAAUGUCACCUAUGGAAAUCUGAACCACACCGCCAUUGUCCAUCCCAUUUGUCCUGUCGGUCCUUUGUCGUUCGACUCGGGCGAUGUCCUCGACAAACUCAUGUGUCCUACACCGUUCGACCAUGGGGACCCUGGUCCGAUGUGCGACCCGCUCUCGCGGAUGCAUGCACUGGAGGUCGACAACUGGUUCAGCCCGGCUUGCGAAGCUGGUGACGCUCCUGGAACCGACCUCAUUGUUCUGCCUUCAGUACCGAGCAGCUCGCCUUUGACCACCUGCACCGAUGUUGGAAGGUACAUUCCAGGAGAUAUGAUCGUCUACAGCACAGGUGAACGUAGUAUCUCUGUUUAUUACGGUUCUACCCCAGCCAUUUGGAGUGUCCGUAGCAAGGAUCUUUUCUCCAUCCACGGUUCCCAGAAGGUUUCCUGCUUGGCUGCAUCCUUUUUGGCUCAACACUUGCCUCUCGACGGCCUUGAUCUUAAGUCGAUCAUCGCAGGUCUUACUGUGAUCUCUGGCCUGCACAACCACCGUGGUGUCCCUCUUCAAACACCCACUGUCGACGAGCUUGUUGCCGUCAAAUCAUUUACCGCUGCUUCUGUAGUAUCGUCGCCUCGAAACCCUCGCCUCGUCCCAACCAUGAUGGAGGCCCAACUCGCCACUAGCGCUCUUGUCGCUGUCAACAACCCAGAGCCAUCCGCUCGAACUCUCACAAUCGCCCGACAUAUCCGAGACAUCUCCAACUACAUCUGCGUCCUCCUCGUAUUCCUCUUAAUCAUUUUAUGCAUCUUCAAGACCUUUAUCUACACCGAGUUUAAAGUCUCGUUCUACUUCGCCAAAAGGAGAAUUCGAACCCUCCUGUCGCCCUGGUAUGUUGCUCUCGCGUCUGUAUCCGCCAACGAGGUUAGCGAGGAGCAAGACGAUUUCUUCUACCCUACGCCAAUUCUCGUCGACGACACGUCUAUCGAGGAAGUCCAAGCAUCUCCUGUCAAGGACCACAACGUGCCCUCAUUCGUCGACGCCCAAUCAGUGGCCCCCGAAUCCGAACAGGAUGCAGCCGUCGAGGACAUCAAAGAGGCUACACUUUCCGAGGAGGCUCGCCUCAAUGUUAUCGAGGAAGAAGUAAACGAGGAAACUAUCAACUCUUCGGCCGAAAUUCGACCAAUUCCGGACGAGGCCACGUCCUCGGCCCACUCUUCCUUGCUCGACCCCGAAGCUUCUCCUUUCGUCCCCGGCGCUCUCAAACUUCCUUCUGCAUCCACCUCCACCACUCUUGAGACUGUCGAAUCUCCUCCAGCUCCUUCUGCCAUCCCCACCCAUAUCUCUGCCCGACCUCCUGGUCGCCGUCGCCGAAAGCACCACCGGAAGAACAAGAACAAGGCGGUCGAGAUCAACCUUUUGGGUUGA